GGAAUUCCUUUACAAAAGAAUGAAAAACCUUUACCACAUCAUAUAUUAGAGUCGUUUCAUCAACGUCUCUCUCAGCCGCAGAGUAAGAAAGAAGGUGGAAAAAGUUUUCCUCUUCCUGCAGAGAAGCCUCCCUCACCGCGGCGCUCUUUACAUCCCUCACGCUCCUAUGAACGGUAUGUACAAGAAGGCCGGGCGAAACGACAAUUGCAGGAAGAACUCGCCGAGCAACAACGACAAGAGGAACUGCAGCAAAUACGGUUUACACCGCAGGUUUCAUCCUACGCCGCCCAACGUGUUUCCCGCUCAGUUUCUGAGUAUAUUAACGCCUCGCAAGAGUGGGAAGAACGACGACAGGCACAUGUGCGAGCAGCCGCAGCGCGUUUAGAAAAUGCAGCGCGGGAACAACAGGCCUCUUCUGUGAAAGUCAAUCCAACAUCACGUCGAAUGGUUGUUGAGAUGAUGGCGCAGAAGAGACGUGUGAGUGUAGUGGAGGGCGUUCAACAACACGCGGCUGUGCGGGAAUUGCAGGAGAAGUACACACCAACCUUUCAGCCGUCCAUCACCCCUGCGGCUAAGCGGCAGAAGCGGGGAGAUAAAUACAACCGACUGUACACAAAGGGAAAAGAAAAGAAGAAGACAACAACACAACAUCCAGAGGAGAAAUAUCAACCAAAGAAACGCACAGAGGCGGCCAUACGUGAACAUGUGGAGGCGAUGCUCGCACGGGAUGCGGCAAGACGUGCAAGAGCACAAAAAAAGGCUGAAAAUAUACGCAAAGAUGAAGAAGAAAAGAUGCGAGUAGGGAAACCACAAGUGAAUCCACAUUCUGUUGAACUCGCAGAGCGCCACAGACAACGACAACGUAUAAAAGAAGAAGAAAUAGCAGCAGCAGUAGCAGCAGCUAAAGCUAAAACUAAAACUAAAUCUACCUCUGCUUCUCAGAAUAAUCCACAACAACAACAACAACAACAACAACAACAACAACGAGGAGGGGAAGAAGAAGAAGAAGUUCAUAAAAGCAACUUCAGUCCUGAGAUAAAAAUACAACAAGGGGAUCAACAACAACAACAAAAAACAAAUCCAACAAAUCGUAAGUUGGCGUAUUCUUCCUCCGGUACACGCGCUGAUAGCCGCAUGCGUUCUUCAUGUGGACCCAAACAACAACAACAGCAGCAGCAGAAACAUACAAUGACGCCGUUACUCUCUCCGGAGUUUGAGGAACGCAAUAGCCGUUUAUUGCAACAGCGGCAACAUCGUGCGGAAUCAAGACGGCGAGAGUUAGAAGAGGAAUUUACACAGACGUGUACAUUUAGGCCUCAGACAAAUCCCAUUUCACGUCGAAUGGCAAGUGCACACUAUAAUCAUAUGGAACCAAGUUUCCAUUAUAUGCGAAGACCUUCUGCUGCUAGUACUAGUGCUAAUGCUAGUGUUCCUCCUCCUUUUUGGACAUCCGAUAAUCCUGAAGAUGAUUUUGAAUGGGCUGAAUAUGUGAGACGAGCAAAGUUUUCGGUGGAGAGAUCGGAUAGUGCCUCCCGUGGUUGGAGUAAUGCCCGACAGGGCCAUGAUGAUCUUAAUUACCAUUAUGGUAAUAAUAAUACUAAUAACAAUAAAAAUAAUCGUAAUGACGAUGAUAAUAAUAACGAUGAUGGUGACAAUUUAGCGUCACAAAUCGAGAGUCUCGAAGCGAUGCUAGAGCAGUGGAAGCAACUUGAGGCGGAGUUUCGUAUCCGAUAA